ACACAUUCAUGCUAGUGUGGUUUCCGUGGUUCUAAAUCGUGUAGUCACUGUGGGAAGAAGAAAGUCCCUCAACUGCAGCUAAAGAAAACCAAGAUAAAACAACUUCGAGCAGCGAAUAAAACACCACAACACAUUCACGAUGUCUAUUAUGUCCUAUAACGGUGGGGCCGUCAUGGCCAUGCGGGGGAAGAACUGUGUGGCAAUAGCAGCGGACCGCAGAUUUGGCAUCCAGGCACAGAUGGUCACCACAGACUUCCAGAAGAUCUUUCCCAUGGGAGACAGGCUAUACAUUGGGCUGGCUGGACUGGCCACUGAUGUCCAGACAGUGUGAAAAAUGUUGAAAUUCCGAUUGAACCUGUAUGAACUGAAGGAAGGUCGUCAGAUCAAGCCCAAGACCUUCAUGAGCAUGGUGUCCAACCUGCUGUAUGAAAGGAGGUUUGGACCAUACUACAUUGAGCCUGUAAUUGCUGGACUAGAUCCCAAAACCUUUGAGCCGUUCAUAUGCUCCCUGGAUUUGAUUGGCUGCCCCAUGGUGACUGAAGACUUUGUAGUGAGCGGCACGUGUUCAGAGCAGAUGUACGGCAUGUGUGAAUCUUUGUGGGAGCCAGAUAUGGAACCAGAGGACCUGUUUGAGACCAUCUCCCAGGCAAUGCUCAACGCUGUCGACAGAGAUGCCGUGUCUGGCAUGGGAGUUGUCGUACAUGUCGUUGAGAAAGACAAGAUCACCACGCGGACCCUGAAGGCCAGGAUGGACUAGAGCUUCAGUUUGUCGCCACACGUCACCAAUACAGAUGUUUUGUAUAAUAAAAGUAAACAACGCCUGUACUCUUUUCUGUUUCUCAUUGAUAUUGUUCAAUAAAUGAUCAUAGGUUUAACAAUGA